AUGGCAUCCACUUCAACAGCCUCCCAGCCAUGGGACGUCUUACGGCGGAACACGCGCAAUCUCGAAUCAGCCAUCGAUGCACGCCUUACCACCUAUUCGCAACUCGCCUCUAAAAUCGCACGCGCUGCGGAUCACACAACGCUCGACAUGACGGGUGCCGGAUCCUCGUCUGCAUCUGAAACCCGGGAGCACAGCGAGCAUGUCGAGUUGGAAACUGAGCUGGAAUCGCUGAUCAACGAGCUCUCGAAUUCGGUCGAUGCUCUGACAGCCAAACUUGACGAUCCUGCGAUCCCACCGACCACGCCACAACUGCACGCGGUUCAGCGACAUCGAGAAUUGCUCUUCGACUUUACGCGCGACUUUCGUCGGUCCCAAACCAACGUUCGACACGCCAUCGAUCGUAGAGAUCUACUGGGUAACGUUCAGGGAGAUAUCGACGCGUAUAAAGCGGCUCAUGCAUCCGAUGCAGAUGCUCUGCUUGCCGAGAGAGCAAGAAUCGACAACUCACACGGCAUGAUCGAUCGUACCCUAGAACAAGCAUACGCAACACGUGCCGACUUCGCAGAUCAACGCUCCACCCUCCAAGCCAUUUCCACUCGAAUGUCUUCCUCCGCAGCCCAAGUUCCCGGCCUCAACUCCAUCAUCACGCUCAUCGGUAGAAGAAAAACAAGGGAUAGCGUCAUCAUGGGCUGCUUGAUCGGUACUCUCACCGUGCUGCUUCUCAAGUUCGCCCUUGGCUGA